AUGAGCCACUUUUUCAGGCUCCCAGAAGCCCCCAAGACGUCUCCUGGGGACCGCGGUCGGGAGUACGAGCUCGUCAGCUCCUCCACGGGUCCGCCUGAUACAGACGAGAACGGCCGAACUCACCAGAUUCGCAAGCGCACAACACUUGGCCACACAAGACUUCAGACAGCGUACAGACAGCACACAGACGACACACAGAUGCUGGCCAGCUUACCUCCCGAAAAUGGCAGCACCAUUGCUUCCCCAGGUGCAUUUGUGGAGACUUCUGCAUAUGGAAUAGUUAUUGAAACCUUCCUGGAUCACCUGGCAAUGUUCUGUGACUGUUAUGAAUACUGGGUAUGUGAAGCAACCCCUUUCUUGGUUGGCACAAGCUGCAUUUCUAGAAUGAAAAAGAGAGCACAUAAGGAUGGAGACUUGAUGAUUGCUGGGUUUUUCCCUCUCUACACUUUGGGAGGAGAGCACAGCAUCAGUGAUACUUCAAAGCAAGAAGAGAAUAUGAGUUGCAGGUUUAUCAUGAAGAACUACCAGUUUGUUCUGGCCUUGGCUUUUGCUGUUGAGGAAAUCAACAAGAACCCUGAUCUUUUACCUAAUAUGACUCUGGGUUUUGAUAUCUAUAAUGUGGAUUUCAGAGCUCGGUCAACACUUGAGAAUCCCUUUACUUGGCUUUCUGGGCAAUACAAUAUCCCUAAUUAUACCUGCAUGAGAGAAAGUAACUCUGUAGCAGUACUCACAGGAAUAUCAGGAAUAAUAUCUGCCCAGAUUGGGACACUUCUAGAACUCUAUAAGUUUCCACAGCUUACCUAUGGACCUUUAGAUCCUGUCUUGAGUGACAAAAGCAAGUUUCCUUCUCUCUAUCAGAUGGCCCCAAAGGACACAUCACUAGCCAUUGCCAUGGUCUCUUUGAUGCUUCAUUUCAGCUGGAACUGGGUGGGGCUGUUGAUCUCACUAGAUGAAAGUGGUUUAUGGAUAAUUCCAGAAUUGAGGGAAGAGAUGGCCAAGAACAGAGUCUGUGUAGCCUUUGAGCAUGUGAUUCCAAGGACUAUCCUGACACAAGUAUUAAACAUAAUGACAAUCCAUCGCAAGAUUAGUAAAUCAUCAGCAAAUGUGUUUAUCAUUUAUGGUGAUAAUGAAUACCUACUAGAAUUAAUGACUUAUUUUGGGAAGAUUUUAAUGUCAGGCAAAGUUUGGCUUAUGACUUCACAGAGUGAUUUAUCCAUCAGUAGAAGAUAUUUCAUCUUAGGCUCAUUCCAUGUUCCUCUCAUGUUUUCACACCACCAUUCAGACAUUUCUGGGUUUAAGAAUUAUGUCAGGGAAGUCAAUCCUUCCAAAUACCCAGAAGACUUUUACCUUGCUAGGCUGUGGGUUCUCUCUUUUAAUUGCUCCCAUUCUGAGUCUGACUGUAUAACAUGGGAGAACUGUCCCCAGGAUGCCUCCUUGGAGUGGUUGCCUGGACACAUUUUUGACAUGGCCAUGUUUGAAGAGAGUUACAAUAUAUACAACUCUGUGUAUGCUGUGGUCCAUUCACUUCACAAGAUGCUUCUUCAUCAAACAAAGAUGCCACUGGUGGGAAAUGGGAAAGGGAUGGUGCCUUCCCCUGCACAGCUGCACCCUUUUCUGAAGAAGAUUCAAUUUUAUAAUUCUGCUGGAGACAAAGUGAUUUUGGGUGAGAAAGAAAAAAUAGAAGCAGAGUAUGACAUUGUGAACAUUUGGAAUUUUCCAGAAGGUCUUGAAGUUAAGGUGAAAGUAGGACUAUUUUCUCCAUAUGCUCCACAUGGUCAUCAACUGUCAAUAGCUGAAGAUAUGAUAGAGUGGACCAUAGGAACUACUGAGACUCCUCACUCAAUUUGCAGUGAAAGUUGUGGUCCUGGAUUCAGGAAAUCCCCUCAGGAGGAAAAGGCUGCCUGUUGCUUUGAUUGUAUCCCUUGCCUACAGGAUGAGAUUUCUAAUGGGACAGAUAUGGAGCAGUGUGUGAAGUGUCCAGAUCAUCUGUAUGCCAACUCAGAGAGAAACCAGUGCCUCUUGAGGGCUGAAAGUUUCCUGGCCCAUGGAGAACCCUUGGGCAUGGUCUUGGCCUCUAUGGCUCUCUGCUUCUCCACACUCACUGCUGCGGUACUAGGGGUUUUUGUGAAAUACCAAGACACUCCCAUUGUCAAGGCCAAUAACCGGGCUCUCAGCUACAUUCUGCUCACCUCCCUCAUCUUUUGUUUCCUCUGUUCCUUGCUUUUUAUUGGUCGUCCUGCCACAGUCACCUGCAUCCUGCAGCAGGUCACAUUUGGAGUUGUGUUCACUGUGGCCAUUUCUACUGUCUUGGCCAAAACAGUGACUGUGGUACUGGCCUUCAAGGCCACUUCUCCAGGGAGAAGAAUGAGAUGGCUGCUGGUAUCAGGGGCUCCUAACUUCAUCAUCCCCAUCUGCACCCUCAUCCAGGUGACCCUCUAUGGCCUCUGGCUGCGAAUCUCUCCUCCCUUUGUGGACACAGAUGCACACUCUGAGCAUGGCCACAUUAUCAUCCUGUGCAACAUGGGCUCCCUCACUGCCUUCUACUGUGUCCUGGGAUACCUGGGCGCCCUGGCCCUGGCCAGCUUUACUGUGGCUUUUCUGGUCAGGAACCUGCCUGACACCUUCAAUGAAGCCAAGUUCCUGACCUUCAGCAUGCUGGUGUUCUGCAGUGUGUGGCUCACCUUCCUGCCUGUCUACCACAGUGCCAAGGGGAAGGUCAUGGUGGCUGUGGAGGUCUUCUCCAUCUUGUCUUCCAGUGCAGGGCUCCUGGGCUGCAUUUUUGCUCCCAAGUGCUACAUUAUCUUGUUAAAGUCAGAUAGAAACUCUCUGCGUGGCUUCAGGGAUAAACAAAUACAUGGAAAAAUGCAUACUCUGAACGUGGCCAUGUCAUCAUUCUGUGUAACAAGGGCUCCCUCACUGCCUUCUACUGUGUCUUGGGAUAACUUUUUAUCUCUAAGUGGGCAUUUUCAAAUGUUCAUUGAAGAAAGGCAGUAUUGGAAAGAUACUAAUGUUAGUCCAUACUUCUUACCAGAUAUGGAGCAGUGUGUGAAAUGUCCAGAUCAUCAGUACCCCAACACAGAAAGAAACCAGUGCUUCCCAAAAGCUGUAAGUUUCCUGGCUCAUGAAGAACCCUUGGAGAUGGCGUUGGACUGCAUGGCUCUCUGCUUCUCCACUCUCACUGCACUUGUUCUUGGGGUGUUUGUGAAACACCAAGACACUCCCAUUGUCAAGGCCAAUAACCAAGCUCUUAGCUACAACCUGCUCAUUUCUCUCACCUUCUGUUUCUUCUGUUCCUUGCUCCCUAUUGGGCAUCCCAAUACAAUCACCUGCAUUCUGCAGCAGGUCAUAUUUGGAAUUGUGUUUGCCAUAGCUUUUCCACAGUAUUGGCCAAAACUGUGA